AUGCCGGAGCCGGCGCGAAAACAUAAAACACACAAGCCGCCACAACAGCUUCAUCACACACACCACAACUACGCCCACCAGCACCUCUACCAGCCACUUCAGCCUCAGGCGCAUCACCAUCAUUAUCACAAGCCACAAUAUUCACACAACACCUACCAGCACCCAAAUGCGGUUGUGAAGCAUGGCAGGAGAGCAGUAAAGCCAACGGCACCGUUUCCAGCCAUGAUGCCACACAACCACCUCGACACGGGGCUUUACGGCGACGAGCUGGGUGUUGGUGCUGGCCUGCGUGGCGUUGGCAUGUCCGAACAGCUGAUGUAUUCACCCGGCGCACCACAGCCGCCGAUGGCUAUGGCGCCCGAUUUGGCACCCAACUACGGGCCUGCGGUGUUUGGCAUCGGCGGCAGUGGGAGCGGUGGUGUUGCCGGCAGCAGCAGCAGCGAGAAUGCCCAGCAACACUUUUCGCCAGGCGGCUCGUCGUCAUCCACCAGCGUAUUGACUAUGCCAGGCUCAACCCAGCAGCUAAUGCAACACAUGGAGCUAAUGGGUGCGCUGGCAGCGGCGGCGGCGGCAGCAGCAGCCGGAGGAGGCGCAGAUGGAGAGGGGGGUGAGGUGAGUGUGCCAAGCGCGGGUGGUGACGGAGCUAGCGAGACGAACACACUGUUGGCAGAUGACUUCUUGGCCGAUAUGCAGCGCACAUAUGCCAAUGGUAAAUUUCCGGCAGGCGGCAAUUUUAAGCGCAAAAAGAAGUAUCGGGGAGGCGGUCUGGCAGAGAUAGGCGAUGCUGCAGUCACAUUUCCAUUGAACACACCACAAUUGCAGCAACAACAUGUACAGCUGCAACAACAGCAACAUCAACAACUAUUGCGGCAACAAUUUCUACAACAGCAGCAGCAGCAGCAGCAACAACUACAGCGUCCGCAACAGUUCUACGGCGCAAAUUACUUUAUGCAACAGCCAAAGCCGCAAGCGCACAUGCUAAGGGCGCCAGCCAACAACUAUCACAGCUAUCAUCAACCGCUGAAUUACAAAAACAAGCAACACUACAACAAUAAUGACAUUUAUGCAACCGCAACAACCGACGAAGGCGGCGAUGGCGAUGUAAGGGAUGGCCAUGGUGACGAUGACGACGGCGGCGACGACGAAGACGACAUUGACACUGACGAUGAUGUAGCAUUGUUUUUCUCCAGUCGCCCCACAUUGAGCGCCUCCACACCGUCGUCCUCCUUCUCCGCAUUUUCGCCACCCACAAGUACUGCCUAUCACAGCGCUAAUGACUAUGAGGAUGCCGUGGAUGAUGAGGACCAGCAAUUCGGUUACAAAAGUAACAGCAACACAAAAUACAAAAGCAACUACUUCCUAGGCGGCGGCGGCGGUGUUGGCAUUGAUGGUGUUGACGCUGACGAUGCAAAUGAAGGUGUUAAUCCGGUUAGUUAUCAGCAUUCGACGACGGCCUAUGGAGCAUAUGCGGCCAGUGCAUCGACACCAGCCACAGUGACACAUCUCAAAUUACGUCCAUAUCGACAGUUGCAACAACAACAGCAGCACAAGCAUAAGCAGCCGUUCGGCUUUUCAGGUCAUCAGCAAUCUACGCAUCACCCGAACCCCCCCUACCACCAUCAGCAGCAGCAGCAGCAGCUCAUCACAACAGCACAACCAAUUAACGUCGUUGGUCCCACGGCAAGUGACUUUAAUGAACAUCACCCGGCGCCACCGCCACCGGUAGCUAUGCAGCAGCAGCAUCACAAAUACCCGGUGUCACCAAGGUACAAGAAACGCAAAAACCGCAUCAAAGGGAAGCCAAAUCGAAAUCGCAUUCCGGCGCAAUAA